AUGUCCCUCCCAUACUCCGAGCAGCACUACUUUUCGUCGUACGACCACUUUGGCAUCCAUGAGGAGAUGCUCAAGGACGAGUCGCGAACUCUGUCGUACAAGCACGCAAUUCUGCGAAACCGAGACCUGUUCAAGGACAAGAUUGUGCUGGAUGUGGGCUGUGGAACCGGCAUUCUGUCCAUGUUUGCUGCGCAGGCCGGUGCCAAGCAUGUCAUGGGCGUGGACAUGUCCAACAUCAUCGAGAUGGCCCGAAAGAUUGUCGAUCUUAACGGACUCAGCGACAAGAUUACCCUGAUCCAGGGCAAGAUGGAGGAGAUCACCCUACCCUACCAGAAGGUGGACAUUAUCAUCUCCGAGUGGAUGGGCUACUUCCUGCUCUACGAAUCCAUGCUGGACACGGUGCUGUACGCCCGAGACAAGUACCUGGUCCCCGGAGGUAUUAUCAUGCCCGACAAGUCCACCAUCUACGCCGCUCUUUUGGAGGACGGCGAGUACAAGGACGAAAAGGUGUCCUUCUGGGACGACGUCUACGGCUUUGACUACUCGCCCUUCAAGGACAUUGUGCUGUCCGAGCCUCUGGUCGACACCGUGGACCUCCGACACGUCAUCUCCAACCCCUGCCAGGUGUUUGAGAUCGAUCUGUACACCGUCAAGGUGGAGGAUCUGGCCUUCAAGGCCAACUUUGACCUCAAGGCCCGGGUCAACGACACUGCCCACGCUAUUCUGUGUUGGUUCGACAUUGAGUUCAACAAGCUCACCACCCCCGUCAAGUUCUCCACCGGCCCCCAUGCCAAGUACACUCACUGGAAGCAGACUGUCUUCUACAUUGACGGCCAGGUGUCUCUGCGAGCCGGUGACGAGGUGACUGGAUCCAUUGACUGCCGACCCAACGAGAAGAACAACCGAGAUCUGGACAUUACUCUGGAGUGGGAGUGCAAGGCUGAGAACAAGGGCGGCAAGCGAUUUUACUGCAUGAAAUAA